AUGCGUCAUCCAUUCGCUAUGGUGCAGAGCCCGCGCCCUGCAUCAUCUUUCUCGAUCCUUCCUCUAUCGCCUACCGAGGAGCCUGAGCCAGGCCCGUCUCAGUCUAUCCCCAACCCACGUUCGAUCACAUUCAACGACCGCGCCCAUGCACCCAGCGAAAACACCUCCGCUUUGCCCUCUAUCCUCCCUCUACGCAAGGACAACAACAUGGCUCCGCGCGGGCCCAGUCGGCAGCGUUCCUGGACGGCAAGCCGCGCACCUCUGGGCACUUUGUCAAGCACUCAACGCGAGGGCACUCGCAUGCCGCGGUAUUCGAAUGCGGAUACGAUUGAGGGCGUCUUAGCAGUCGCACGGUCCAGCGGUGUGCUCGCGUUGCAGGUCAAGGUCCAGGGGGCGAUACACAUCGAGGAGAUUGCGGGUUCUGGCUCAACGGAUAUCCGGAUUGUGGACGACGUCAUCUAUUCGUGGGACGCACAGCAGGGCGUGUUCCCACCCAAAGCGUCGUUUCGUCAUUACCCUCUGCCUCCAACAUUCUCGGAGGAGUUAUGCGGGAUCCCGGGAUUUACGGUGGACGUUUCGUACGCGAUCGUGGUAAAUUUAACACUGUGCGGGGCGCUGCGACGCUUUGGAGGGCGGUCAGCAGGUGUGCCGCCGAUCAAAGUGCAGAUCUGCCCGCAUCAUGAACCAAUGCCCUUCCGCGUCACCCUCAGUGCAGAGCCGGAAACCACCCUCGACUCGUUCGCGGAGUACCGCCCUCUUCCUGCUUCUUUUCUUCCCCUCUCUCCGUCCCCGUCCAACAGCUCCUCCGAGUCGGCGCGACCACACAUUUCCGCGCGCCGCGCGCCGCCGCACUGUCCAAUCCGCAUACGCGUCAUCCGAACCACCGUCGUCGACGCCGGCCGUGCGGCUUCGCCUUUUCUGCCAAACGCACGCCCACCGCGGGCGACGACGAGCUUGCGGGCCUGGGCUUGGGCUCGGCACGUCCAGCUCAGGCAGCGAGUCGACCGGGCGCAGCAAGAGUCUGACUCGAAGCCGCAGCAGGAGCGCGCUCAAGUCCCCGGACCCGGCCGCGGAGGAGAAGCCGUUCGCAGACCGGAGCUACAUGUAUGCCACGCAAGUGAUCGGGCAGGGCGCCGUGCACAGCGCGACGCGCGCAGAACCGCGCGGGCGCGCGCUGCUGUGGUCGGGCGCGAUUGCGCUCCAGCCGCCCGCGGGUGCGCGGAAUGGGACGCGUUCAGCGGCGCGUUCGAGGUCAGCGGGCUCAAGGUUGUGGACAGCAUCGUGUUGCAGAUAGACCCGCCGUCCGGGUGCGCGGUGGAGUACGAACCGCUGAACGAAGCCAUACCCGUGCGGCUGACGUCGGACGGGAUGACAUCUAAGAAGGCGGUGCCUAUCUCGAGCGUGGGGUGA